GUCAAAUUCAAGAUGGAUGGAAUCACUGCGGCGGCGCGCGGCACUAAAAUCUAAAGCAACAAAAAAUAAUAACCGAAAGCAGAGGAUCGUCCGGCGACUUUUUCCAAAGUUUGAGACACCCGUGAGGGUGGACUAGAUCAUGGAAGGAUUACUUCACUACAUCAAUCCAGCACAUGCCAUCUCCCUCCUGAGUGCACUCAAUGAAGAUCGUCUCAAAGGCCAGCUGUGUGAUGUAGUCCUAAUUGUUGGUGACCACAAAUUCCGGGCCCAUAAGAAUGUUCUGGCUGCCAGCAGUGAUUACUUCCGGGCUUUAUUUACUAAGAAAGAGAACGAGAGCCAGUCAGUCUUCCAGCUAGAUCUCUGUGAAGCACCUAUUUUUGAAAAUGUUCUGAAUUACAUCUACUCUUCAUCCCUCUUCAUAGAGAAGAAAAGUCUAGCAGCCAUCCAUGAUCUAGGUGGUGACCUUGGUAUCUCUUUUCUCACCAGCAUCCCAUCGCAGACACCUCAGAUUUCUUGCACACCAGGUCCUAUUAAAAAGCUGAGUAAAGUCGAUGAUGGAAGUAGCUCCCAGCCACGAAGUGUCAUUGUAUGUCAGAGUCGCAAUGACCUUGAUAAAAAUAGCAACGAGUCUGAAGCAAAGGGUGCUGAUUCCACUCAGAAAAAGGAAACAUCAGAGGAAGAACCAAGACACAGUAUUAAAUCCUCAUCUUUGAUGAAUGCCCUAAGAGCAAAUUCUAGUGCUGUGGCUAGAGAUGUUGAGACGACUCACCUAUUGGAAGAUAAAGGACAACCGAUGUUAAAGGAUAUGCCUGGUACUUUAGGCAACACAAAAUACCAUGAAGCCAUCAAAUCUCUGGAAGAACGAAAUGGUAGGAUGAGAUUUUGGUGGGAUAGGAAAAGUUCCAUGAGCAUGGAUGGCACUUCAAGUUUCACUGGCAAAGUUUCUGAUACAAGGCAAAGUCUGACUGACCUCCUAGUCAAUGGAAAGCCUUUGUCUAGGCCACAACUAACACCUGCAUUCUCAUUUCAUGGAACCACAGGAUUUGCAUAUUCCCAACAAAAAUCUGGGCACACAGUAAAUCCUGGUAUAAUGGAAGAGAAUAAUUUGUUAUAUUAUACCAAGGUGGGGCCCGCAGUUCAACCUCCAAGAUUGCAGUCUAACAGCCAGACUGUUGUCAGCAGUGGUCCACUAGUGAAAAGUUUACUUCGGAGGUCAUUGUCAAUGGAUAGUCAGGUCCCUUGUUACUCUUCUCCUCUUGAUCAGAAACUGAACUAUGGCUCAUCAUCAGUGUGUAAGCCUGAACCACUGGAGUUGGCUUGCGAUGUAUCAUCUCAAAAGCUGUUAAACGCAGAUACAAUAAAGCAACAACUUCAAAAAGAUAUUCCUCAGGUUGGGCAGACAUGUCGUCCAAAACAACUUAGUGUAUCUCGGCCUGCAGAUGCUGAGGUCAUCUCAUUAUCAACAGCUGUUAAAGUGAAAACAGAACCUUGUAGUCCUGUCUCAGAAACUUCUGAUAUCAUUCGGGUUACUGUGGGAGAAACUUCACCAUCUACCAGUAAGGAAUUCGCAGUGAAAAAUGCAGAGAGGAACAGAAGAACGUCAAUGCUACCAGUGAAGAGAAGAUUCCAGGCUGAAAAUGCAAAGUUUUCUUUUGAAAAAUCAGAAUCUUUCCAACAUUCUCCCAAAAUAACACAAAGCUUUGUGGAAAGUUCAAGCCCUACUACAGGUGAUGCUAAUCCCGAUUUGUUGAAGACUGAUGAGAACAAGGAGGAAUAUUCUGAUCCUGAAUCAGCAAUAACUGGUAAACAGUUCAAGUGCAGGACCUGCUUCAAGAUAUUCCGAUCUACAGCAGGCCUUUUCCGCCAUGUCGACAUGUACCAUAACCCAGAUAAGCCAUACGCCUGUGAUAUCUGCCACAAGAGAUUUCUUACCAAUUUCAAAGUUUGGACACACUGCCAAACACAACAUGGAGUGGUUAUCAAUCCAUCGGCAGCCACCAGCUCUGGUCCAGUUUCAGAAGAAAAAUUUCAGAAGAAACUGAGUGACAUGAUACGUGAGAGGGAGAUCAAGAAGGCCCUUUUUCACAAGUUGCGCCGCAAGCAGAUCUCUCAUAGUUACCCAGGCCUACGAUCAGAACAAGGAUUCAAAAAGAAUUUGAAGUCUGUAACCAAAGGUGUAUACAUCUGCACUACAUGUGGAAAGCUGUUCCGCUUCUUGUCGCGUUACAGGCAACACAUGAAGACCCACCCAGGUGAGAAGCCCUUUGUUUGCAAGCUCUAUAACAAGGCUUUCAAGUCAAAAGAACAAGGUAUAACUGAAAAUCUAAGUGAAGAUAGUACUGAACAUCAGUGUGAGCAUUGCAAUAUCAAGAUGCCAUCGAUGGCAGAGAAGGCAAAACAUGAGAGGAUUUGUAGGAAUGUUACUGUGUGCUGCUACUGUAGCCUUAGGUUCUGUUCCAGAGAACUAAAGCAAGAGCACGAAAGUCAGUGUGAAUACAAGAAACUAACCUGCCUAGAGUGUAAACGUACAUUUAAGUCCUCCUUCAGCAUUUGGCGUCAUCAGAUCGAAGUCCACAAUGAAAAUACAAUGGCCCCAGUAGAACAGUCUUGCUUGGAUUCAAUAUGUCAUAAUGGUUUAUUGCCAAAGGAAGGUCAGACUGAAGUUGGAGAAAACUCAGUAGCCAGCCCCAAUACUUCAAAGGACGACGAAGUAUGCACUGAUUCUUCAGAACCUAUGUAUGUUGAUUCUGAAGACUCCUCUUGCUUUCCUGAAGAUCUGAGUGUCUCAAGUUGCAGAAAUACCAACACUAAAGAUGAUCAUCUCUCUGAUGAGGUCUCUUCUAAUCCCAUCCAUUUGGAAGGCAUAGCCUCUGAAUCAAACAGUUGCAGUGGGGAACCAGAAGACCUAACAUACAAAGGAGAACGUGGACUUUGGCCGUGUGAAAAAUGUGGCAAGCUCUUCACGAUCCAUAAGCAGCUGGAACGUCAUCAGGAAUUGCUGUGCGCUGUUAAGCCAUUCAUUUGCCACGUUUGCCAUAAAGCCUUCCGUACCAACUUCCGUCUCUGGAGCCACUUCCAGUCUCACAUUUCUCAGUCAGGAGAACAUCUUGAAUUCUCUAAACCUGCAAGAAGUCCUUCUCGUGUUCCGCCUCCUCCACCCCCGCCACCACCUCAAGAGCACUCCCCUGACCCUGAACCCCCUUCUAAUCACUCAGACAGGUCCCGCAGCCCACAGGCAUCAGAUACACUUUUUUCACAGGCCCCUCCUCUUUCAGCAGCUACCUUUGAAAGGCCAUUCAUGUGCAAAUUUUGCCGCAGGACUUUCAAGACCGCUUUCAGUUUGUGGAGCCAUGAACAGACACACAACUGAUACAAGAUUUAAUUCUCCUAUGAUUUCUACGGAAUUCCACUAGAUUUAUUGAAAAGGUGCAAAGAGCAUGGGCUGAAUGUAAGGCAAUAUAAAUGUUUAGUAUAUUAAAGAGUUUGUUAAGAAAGCUGUAAAGUAAUAUAUAAAACUGGUAUUACUGAUAGAAGAAAGUAAAAUGUCUAGAGUUUUUUUUAAAAAAUCCAUCAUUGUUAUUCCGGUGCUAUAUAGAAGCAUAUUUUUAUGUGAUGGGAGUUUACCAGUAUUAUAGAAUCUUCAUUUAAGUGGGACUGAAUGAAUACUGCUGAACCAGUUGAUGCAUUGAGAUGACUGCUUACCAUGUGGUUUUAAAAUUGAAUAACAUGAAGUUUAGAUUAUAUUAAAGCAAUUUUAUUCCAUUAGCAACAACUUAAUUAACAAUUACUGGGUCAGUUGUUUUGACAGAUUGACUGUUAGAUCGGACGGAAUCAAAUACAAUGUUACAUUUAUCUUCAGCACAGCAAAGGUUGGAAUACAGACACAAUGGUUAAGUUCUACAGAUGUGUUGCAAUUCGUUGUUCAAUCAGUGUAGAUUUAACUCAUUAAAAGCUCCUUGGAAUUAAUUGGGAUCUCCUACAACAAAUAAGUUGUAAACCAGUCAGGAGAUUGGAGAAGAAACUGAAGCAUGGUUGUCAGUCACUCUUUACCAGUUAGUACCGUGGAUGAGAAACUACUGCAAGCAAUGGAAUUUUAACUGAGGUGAACUCCAAGAAAUAAUUUGCAACCUCCAGCCAGAGAGGGAUAAAUAUUAUCUUUAUUCAUGUGCUCUCAGUCAUUCAAAGAUUUUAUACUGUACCUAUUUAAAGAAAAAGUGCUUCCAUUGUGAGAUCUGAAAUACACAUUGAAAUUCAAGUUUAAAAGUAUGCUGUGAUGAGGACCAGAAUUAGCAGACAAGACGAAUGAAAGUUCCAAAUAGUUUGAGAAAGGAACCAAAUACUAUGCCCAAGAACCGUAUUAAUCCUCCAUCAGCAUAUGUGUAUGUUGAAAGAUGAUAACUGGAACUUUAACGGAGAACAGUAGAAUGGGCACAGUCUAGCACAUACUCCCACCACGAGUUCUCUUUUGUGUGAUAGGCAAUGUUCAGGUUUGUUUGCUUAAUAACUGAAUUCUUUAAGUCUAUUACAAUGAAUUCAAAGUUAGUGAAAUAAUGAUUUGCUAAUAAUGACAAUAAAUGAGAUCAUGGAAGAGGAUACUGUAUGUCUUUCAGAAUUAUGUACAGAAUGUCUGAUCGGGCCAGUUUGUAAUAAAUGCAUAGUGUUUUUAUUAUAAUCUGAGGUAACAGUGAAAUGCAAUGGCACAGAAAAUAGAGCAUUACACUGACUUUGUUUUUGUUGAAUAUAAUCUCAGGAAGGUCAAUAGUGUAGUGCAGCAGAGUGGAUAGUUCAUUGCCAUUGCAUUUGUUUGUAAGAACUUAAAUUUUCAUAGAAUCUGCCAGUGACUGAAGUUGUCAUUCAGUGUCCUUCAUUUCAGGCCAUAAGUAUGUUUUGCAUAAUAAUAUUUUUUUUACAUGGAAUUAAUAGAAAGACAUCUGGUUAGUAUUUGUUUGACAUUCAAAUAUGAAUUAUCUGACCAGAUUCUGCUGUAGGGAUAGUGCUGUAUUGAAAACAUACUGGCAUGUCCAGACCAGUAAGAUCAUAACAGUUUUGUUUUUCCUGAUCUGCAUCCAGUUGUGAUUUACAUUAAAAUGAUUUGAAGGACCAGAUAAAGUCUUUCUCAUUCCACCCAAGUAGAAAAUUAGAAAGCUUCUAUUAAUAACUGGCAGGACUAUUGCUUAUAUCUGUAAUAUAAUUAUCAGUGCAAAAUUCAUCUUAAUCCAGAAGAAAUCAAGUAGCUUAAUUUUUCAUUGUAGCUAAACAUUUAUUUUCAGAAUUGUUAUCUUAAAGGACAAUAUACAGUCUGUGGCUUUGGACAUUUUCAACUUAAUUCUUGAGCUAAUGAACUUUGUAUUACCAACGUAGAAUAUAAUUGUGUAAAAAUCUUUAUUUCCAGGUAAAUGUCAUUUACGGCAGUAAACAAGGAACAGAAGUCAAUAUUCCCUAUAAUCUUGUUAACUGAUUGCUUUUAAAAUUGGAACUCUAGAGCCAAAUGUAGUCUUUUUAAUUUAAAAAGAUCUUUCUCAUAAUAAAACUGCUCCACUCUUAGCCUGGAAUCUAAUUUUGUCAGCAUAAACACCAGUCAGCUUAACAAAGACAAGGUCGCUGAAAUAGUUAACUAUUUGUUGACAAUGAUACUUUCAUUGAUUAACCAAAUUUAAAAGGGAAGUUAGUUUUGAAGGUUUAAAAAAUGUAUUAACCUUUCAUGACUUUUCCCAAAUCCAGGGAAUAAGAGAGCAGUGUUACACUGAGGAGUAAGGUAGUCUAUAACUAGGAUUAUAUAUGUAUAUUACUGCCCUGGUUGGCAUUAGAUAGUUACAUUGUUUGUUUUCAAAGUUGCACAGAAGAUCCUACAGGUAGUAAAAAGUAUUUCUAUUGGCAAAAGAUAAAGAAACUGAAUUAUGAAAUAGAGAAAGAAUGGCAGUGAAUAUAACAAUCCUAUUGUAGAUUGCAGAAAGACAACUUUGUUAUAAAUAUUGUAGCUGAUCAAUAUGUUUGGUUGCACUAUAGCAUAGAUUUAAUGUGCACUUUUAAAUUUUUUUAUUAUUAUGAGAUUUUUAGUUAUGGUGACCAGGAUAUCUAAAUCAAGACUGUCAAUACUCUCCCAGCUGAUUGAACUUCAAGAGGAGGUUAGAUUAUUCUGAACAAAGGAAAAUGUAUAAAAUGCUAAAGUUCCAAAUUUUUAGAACACUGUUCUUAUUCAGGGCAUCAGAAAUUUCUUUACAAUACUUGAAGUACUUUCACUUUGUAAUAUAGGGAACAUGGAAACAAUUUUUCACAUAGCAAUCUCUGGCAAACAGAACAAAAUAAUAGACAAGUAUUUGUUUGUAAUGCUUAAUGAUGAUUAAAUUGGCCAUUUCACCAGGGGAACCAAAAUUAAUUGAAGUAUCUUAUAAGCAUUUUGGAACAGUGAUAAAAUAGUGCAAGUAUUUUCAACAAUCAAUAUAGCAAAGUUUUCAUAAGUUUUGACUCUAGUUUCAUUCAUACCUCCCAGUUGUAAUUAAAUCAAGGCAUCCCCUAAGGCUCCGUGCUUGGAUUUCAGGCCUAAUAAUGGAUUUAAUCUUAAAGAGAAAAAAAUGAUGGAUGAUAGAUGAUCCAUCUUCAAAGUGUUGCCUUAUUUUGAAAAUAGGCAAUAUUAUUUUAAUUUUGCUAGUGUCAGAUAUUUGCUGGUAUUACAUCUUCUAUUUAUGAAUAAUACUUAUUGAAUUUCAAGUAGGGUGACAGCUGCUCCCAAUAGAAGUUCCUAUGUAACUGGACUAAACAAUAUUUGUAAUAUUAACACUAUUGAAUUGUUAGUUUUUUUAAUCUACAUCUUGUUGGAUAAACAUGAUGUAUUAAGCAAUUUAUAUUUCAGCAUCCUUAAUAGUUUAAUGUAAAAAUUUGAGCAUAACAAAAUAUUAUUUUGUGGAGUUAAAUAACAUCUUCAAAACUGGUUUGUAUUUCAGAAAGAUUGAGUUAGACGAAAGCAAAUAAUGCUAAUAGAUCAUGAAAUUGAAAGUCAGUGCCACAGAAAUGUCACAGAACAGAGAAGUCAGUGUUAGAGUAUUGUAACUAAUAGUUUUUAACUAACUUAGUAUCUAGGUUUCGGGAUCUAAUGGUACAUUGUAGUGGUGUGUAGAGUUCUAGGCAGACCAUAGAUUUUAGACCAUGCCUUGAAAUUCAUCCAAAAAGCAACAGAGGAAGACUUGGAUAUUGAAGGCAAAGUGUUAGCCCUCAGCGGUUCUUCAUUGCAAGGUUCUGAAUUAUAAAGAAACGUGAUGAAUUUUGGCCUGGAAAAGUAGUCUUUGAAUAAUAAUUGUGCAAAAAAGCAUUUACGAGUUCAAUAGGUUAAACUAAGGAUAAACAUAAUUGUAGAAUUGAUAUUGAUAUUGGACAGCUGUUUGGAUUGGAGAGGUUUGAGGAUAUGUGAAAUAUGCUUAUGGGUACAAUGAUCAUUUUUAAGGAACAGUUGGAUAUAGUAGAGGAGAAACAAGUUUGGACAAAAAUUCUAGUACAGGUACUUUGUGAAUGGCUAUUUUAGAAAGUUGACUCUUAAAUAAUUGGAGUAUGGAUUAAACUUGCUUGCAUCAUACACUGGGGUGCUUUCUUCAGUUACCUGAUGAGAUAACCAUAGCCUUUCACCAGGAGCAGAUGUUGUCAGGUGGUGCUCAACCUUCAUAGAGUGUUUCCACACUUAACCACUACAUUCUCCAGUUGGUGGGUCGGCAAUGGUGGCCACGUCACUGCCCAUCUGCUCCUGACUUCCAGCUCCACUCCUUUCGCCUGCUCCCCCAUCCUGCGAGCUGCUUGGUUCAUGCUCUUUUCGUGAAGGCCCAACGCAGACAGCAACUUCCAUAUUGACCUUGUCAGGAACUCUCUACGGCCGAUCUCCACGGGGAAUAGCCAUGUCAGCCAUCCUUUGUUUCUGCACUCCUGAACUUCAGAGCCUUCCCCUCGUGAGCCUCCUCACAUUCGAAAAACAUAGAAAACCUACAGCACAAUACAGGCCCGUCGGCCCACAAUGCUGUGCUGAAUGUGUCCUUACCUGAGAAAUUACCUAGGGUUACCCAUAGCCCUCUAUUUUUCUGAGCUCCAUGUACCUAUCCAGGAGUCUCUAUCCCUAUCGUAUCCACUUCCACCACUGUCUCGCCGGCAGCCCAUUCCACGCACUCACCACUCUCUACGGAAAAAAAACUUACCCCUGAUAUCUCCUCUGUACCUACUUCCAAGCACCUUUAAACUGUGUUAUGCUAGCCAUUUUAACCCUUGGAAAAAACCUCUGACUAUCCACACAAUCAAUGCCUGUCAUCAUCUUAUACACCUCUAUCAAGUCACCUCUCAUCCUCUGUCGCUUCAAGGAAGAAAGACCGAAUUCACUCAACCUAUUCCUAUAAGACGUGCUCCCCAAUCCAGGCAACAUCCUUGUAAAUAUCCUCUGCACCCUUUCUAUGGUUUCCACAUCCUUCCUGUAGCGAGCUGACCAGAACUGAGCGCAGUACUCCAAGUGGGGUCUGACCAGGGUCCUAUAUAGCUGCAACAUUACCUCUCGGCUCCUAAACUCAGUCCCACAAUUGAUGAAGACCAGUGCACCGUAUGCUUUCUUAACCACAGAGUUAACCUGCGUAGCAGCUUUGAGUGUCCUAUGGACUUGGACCCCAAAAUCCCUCUGAUCCUCCACACUGCCAAGAGUCUUACCAUUAAUACUAUAUUCUGUUAUCAUAUUUAACCUACCAAAACGAACCAUCUCACACUUAUCUGGGUUGAACUCCAUCUGCCACUUCUCAGACCAAUUUUGCAUCCUAUCAAUGUCCCGAUGUAACCUCUUAACAGCCCUCUGCACUAUCCACAACACCUCCAACCUUUGUGUCAUCAGCAAAUUUAUUAACCCAUCCCUCCACAUCUUUAUCCAGGUCAUUUAUAAAAAUCAUGAAGAGUAGGGUCCCAGAACAGAUCCCUGAAGCACACCACUGGUGACUGACCUCCAUGGAGAAUAUGACCCAGCUACAACCACUUUUUGCCUUCUGUGGGCAAGCCAGUUCUGGAUCCACAAAGCAAUGUCCCCUUGGAUCCCAUGUCUCCUUACUUUUUCAAUCUUUCCAUUGUACUGUGAAUUCCACCAGGGUGAUUUUCUUGUCUUAAUUAGACCACAGUAUGAUGUCUGGUUGAAGUGUGGUUUGCCCCACUUCUGGGAACUGCAGCUUCCACCCCACAUUGACCCUCAUCUCCCAUGAUUUGGCAAUUUGCAGCAGAUUGGAUUUAGGCUCUUUGAUAUGACUGUCAUAGCCCUCUCCUUGAUGAAAAUGACUGCCCUGUUUACCUUACUGCCAUCGGGUCUCUUUUUACACCUCUCCCGGUCCAGUAUGUCAGUAAGGGACAGCAGGACCUUCUCAUGGUGCCACGUAUACUGUCCUUGUGUUAAAGCUGUUUUGUAUCCUGACAGUAUGUGUGCCAGUGAACCCCACUGACCGCAAAGCUUGCUGUUAGUGUUCUCUCUCAGACCCCAUGUGUGCAGCUGUGAAGGUGUAAGGAGAUUGUCGUACGCAGAACACAGGAGGAAAGAAAUGCGGAAGGGCUCCAGUCUCCAAAGCUCUGCCCAAGUGUUCUUGCACUUGGGAAGAUCCCAUUUCGUCCAGGUGCCCUGUGACCCCCAACUCCACUGCCUUGGAAUACCCACCUUUUGUCCUCGCAGUUCCGUACCUCUGCUUGGACCAUGUCACACCUAUCCCUUGCACCUGCACUCCCCCAUUGUUGGAAGUGUGCAGAGCCGAGGCCUUGCUGUCCCAGGCACCUGUUGCCGAUGAUGUCUCUCAAUUGCAGGGAGCUCACGGCCUGGCCUAAUAUUGGAGAUGAGGAAGAAAAACAAAUGUAGUAGCUACUUGUUUGAAGUUUGCAUGUUCUCCCUGUGACUAUCUGGUUUCACCAAGUGCUCUGGUUUUCUCCCACAUCCCGAGGUUAUUCUGAUAGAUUAAGUGACCACUGUAAAUGGCAAAUGGAUUUAACGGGAGGUUGAUGGGCUAAAGUGAAUAAGUUGCAGUGUUUUAGGUAGUUAAGAGGGAAAUGGGACUGAUAACAUUGCACUGCCUGGAGCAGGCAUGGACUUGAUAGGCCAAGUAGCCUCUGCGUUAUAAAAAAAACAUUAAUAAUCUUGAUUUUCUUUUAUAAAACUCAGUCUGUUCUCUAUGGUACUUGUAACUUUCUGGGCUGCAAAGUGCAUCUGAUUUAUAUACCAUUGUAGUGUACAUUAGAUCCAAAUGUGAAUUUCCUAACUUUGAUUAGGAUCUUGGUUCAUGUUCUGCAUUCUUGCUUUGAGUAUAAGUCAGAUAUAUGAUUAUGCAUGACAAAUGAUUAAAUAGUCAGAGGGUGAAAUCACGUACAUAGAAAUUUCCAAUAUCUGAAAAUUAUAUACAGUGGUACCUUUCACAAUCUUAAAAUUCCCAAAGUACUUUGCAGCUGUCAUGAUAUUUCUGAAGACUUAUAAUGUGUUUAAGCUGUAGCCAAAUUGCACACUGGAAGCUCCUACAAAUAACUAGCUAUGUUUUCAAUUUUAGUGACAUUGACAAACCUGGCUAGAAAUGAUUUUUAAAAAAACAGUUUGAAACAAUCUCACAUUCAUCUGAGAAAGCAGAUAUUGUUGUGUUUUAGCAUCUCACCAGAAUGGUGGAUUCUCCAUCAGUAUUCUCUCAGUACUGCAGUGUGUCAGCUUAGAUAAAACCAUAAGACAUGGGAGCUGAAUUAGGCCAUUCUGCCUUCUCGCCUUACCUUUGACACUCUGACUAAUCAGGAACCUAUCAAGCUCCACUUUAAAUACAAUACCUUGUAUAGGUAUUCAGCAUCCAACCCUUUGUUCACAUAAAUGAGCAUUACAACCAGGGAAUUUGAUCAAUUUAACUGAGAUUUUUUUUAUUUGCAAAUCACAUCCUCCUUUUUUCACAGUAAAGCCCCAAAAUAAAAGGAAAUUGUAAAUCAUGAAAAACUUAAAAAUUCAAAAACUGAAAUGUCAGCAGUUCAAAAGUAUUCAUCCCCUUUUUUUUCAGUACUUAGUUGAACCACCUCACAGCUAUUACAGUCAGUAGUCUUUUGGGUUAAGUCUUUAUAAUCUUUGCAUAACUUAAUGGACAAGGUUUGCUGAUUCCUCUUGGUAAAAUGGCUCAAGCUGUGCCAGGUUAGUUGGGGAGUGGUAGUGAACAGCAAUCUUGAGGUCUUGCCAAGACGAUUAAGGUCAGGACUCGACUGAGCCACUCAAGGAAUCAGUUUUCUUCAUUUGAAGCCACUGUGCUUUUGGUCAUUGUCCUGCUGAAAGACGAAUCUCAUCCCCAGUAUAAGCCUUCUGGCAAAGGCAGUGAUUUCCGCCAUGAAAUCCUUCCAUGAACACUAUUCGGUUCUGUGUUUUUCUUAUAGUGGACACAUGAACAGAGUUCUAGAGAUUUCUGCAGUUCUUUUACUGUUACCCUUGGGUUUUUUUUUCCACCACCUUCCGCAUUGCAUGUUAUGUUCUCGGUGUGAUCUUUUCAGGAUGCCCACUCCUAGGGAGAGUAGCAACAGCACUGAGUUUCCUCGAUUUGUAGACAAUUUCUCUUACUGUGGACUGAUGAACACUCAGAUCCUUAGAAACGCUUUUGUAGCCUUUUCCAGCUUCAUGCAUCUCUACAAUUCUUCUAAGCUCUUACGAAAGUUGUUUUCAUCGAGGCAUGAUGCACAUAAACAGAUCUUUCUUGAGAAGAGCAGGUUCUGUCAGUAUCCUGAGUUUGUGUGUCUUUUUUAUAGGGCAGGGCACCUCUACAACCCACACCUCCAAUCUCAUCUCAUUAGUUGGAAUACCUGACUCCAAAUAGCUUUUGUAGAAGGCAUUACCCAAGAGAUUCACAUACUUAUUCCAACAAAUACAUAUAAUAUUGAAUCAUUUUUCACAAUAAAUAAAUGAACAAGUAUAAUAUUUUGGUAUUAGUUAUUUCAUUGGGUGCCCCUUAUGUAGUUUAAGAACUUGUGUGAAGAUCUGUUCAUAUUUUAGAUUGUAUUUACGCAGAAAUAGAGAAAAUUCUACAAGGUUCACAAACUUUCUAGCACCACUGUAUGUGAUUAAGGAUCACUUACCUGAUGGCACACUUUACUCUCUUAGAGUCUAAUUAAAAUUAAGUGAGAGUAUAUAUGGAUGGCAGUGGUGGUUUAGUGCUGUUCUGAUGGAGACUGAAAUAAUUAGCACUUUUUAACCCAUUUUUUAUAUACCUGCUGUGAAAGUAAUAUCAGACAGAUUCAUGUAUGAAAACUAAGUUGGCCUCAAUUUAAUCUUUAGUUUUAUGCAGUAUUUAUACUUAGUAUUUGCAGUAUAGAUUAGUAUCUAUAAAUUUGCACUCAAAGUAGUGGCUGCAGAAAAAUGUCAGGCUGGGGCUCCAAGGCAGAAAUUAGAAUGUACUAUAGCUCAAUAGAUGGCACUAUACUCACUGUAUGGUGAGUACUUAAUGCUGAUCCUGAUUGUUAGAAAUAUUCACAGAGAAGUUCACAAGCAAACAGUUGAAUGGAAUUCUGUAAUUUAAAGUUGACUUCGUAUAAAUAGAUGGGUGACUAAUAAUCAAGUGCCUGGAAAUAGGCUUUACAGUCAGUGUAAUACAGGUAUAAUAUACUGUUUUAAUUUCUGGAAUGUUAACGAAUGUAUUGCAGCAUUUGUACUUUAAUAAUUAAUUAUGUUCUGUACAAAAUAAUACUGUUUGUCCAUGCAGUAACAAACGGAUUUUUUUGUCAUUAGUUUUGGGACCUUAUGUAUAGUAAUAAGAAUUUCCUAGAUAUUUUUCAGAAAAAUAAUUGUUAAGUGCAAAAUUUAUAAAUUAGAUUUUUUUGGAAUUGUUAGGCAGUGACUUGUUUAUUUUUAAAAUCAAGCUUUAUGUUUCUAAAAGAUAACAGUAAUAGCUGAAUUUUGUUUUUCUUAAGAACUGUAUGGAUUUUUAUUUCCCUGUUAGGAAAGGGAUAAAUGUACUCUUUUUUGAAAGAAUCACAUGCAACGAACUCCAAUGAGAAAGGUGCUUCUCAUCAUGCAGCUUGGUCCUUAUGACCUUACUGCAAUUAACUCAGCAGUUUUUCAGUGUUCUGAUACAACAACAUAAAAGCAAAAGAUAAAAGAUUCUAGAUCAGCUUGUUACUUACUAUGUUCCCUGCCACAGCUGCUUAAAAUCAUGCUGGAAGAGAGAUUAUUUUUCAAAUAUGAAAGCUCCAUUCCCCAAGACUUUUGCCAAAAUUCCCGAUUUUACAUAGUGUAGAUUGUGAAUUUGUCCAUACACUAAUAGCCAGGACUAAAUAGGAUAUUUAUUUGAAUGAGUUUCUUUUUCUAUAUUCAUGUUUUAUAUUUAGUAGCGAUUGAACUUUUCAAUGAAAUUAUCAGCAGCAGAGCACAUUUCUGAAUAUGGCCAGUGAUCACACCACAAACAGUUCUAUCCUGUGCUCUGUUUAGUUUUGAGCCAUAUAGAAAUUUUAAAAAACCCUAAUCUGCCCUUGUUUUUUAUUUGCAUGUGGUUUUCACAAUUACUGUCUCCAUAGUAAAUGAUACUGAACUCUCAAGCAAUAACAUUGCAAUAAAUUCAUGUCAUUAUAGGUUUUGACUUUCCUAAUUGAUAUAUUAAUGUCAACUAACUUGGCGAACCAUAAUGACAAGAAAUUCUGCAGAUGCUAGAAAUCAAAAGCAACACACACACAAUGCAGGAGGAACUCAGCAAGACAGGCAGCAUCAAUGGAAAUGAUCAGUCCACGUUUUAGGCUGAGACCCUUCUUCAGAAUUGGACACCCAGUUUUGAGUCAAUGGUUAUGUUAUCUUCCGUAUUUGUAUUCCUUUUCUAAUUAAGAAGUGUAAGAAAAUCAAAAUAUAAAUGCAGUUGUUGAAGCAUUGACUGAAUAGUCUGAAGAACAUGGAAAAUCAAAACUUCUACAUAUGAUUUGAAUAAAGUAAAUGAGCUAGUUUACGAAACUAUGUGAAGGGAGGGGAGGAUAAAAAGAGAAAAUGCCUUAUUGUCCAAUUACUUUUCUUGUAUCCUUUGAUCCUGCACCAUAUCCAGCAAUUGAAAAGUUGCCAAGUCUGUUACAGUGCCAUUGCUUGUUUACACAAGCAAGAGCAGGUCAGGGUAAACCACCUUUUAUAUUUCUCAUUAUUACAAGGAUGGCAUCUAAGUUCUUACUGAAGUAUAGUGGGGUAGGGGAGGCAUUUGGUUUUAACGAAAUAAAAAUUUACGUUUAUCAUUUGGUUAACUGUCACCCUCUUUAUUCCCAUCUUGAAUUUUUUUACAAUUAUGAAUAAUUUUUCCAGCUUUUGGUUGCACCUCCUGCUAUUUACUAAAAUGACAUAAAUCUGAUUGUCCAACAUUUUCUGACAGGAAUUAAUAUGUGUGGUGAGGGUUGGGCAUGAAUGUGCAUUAAAGUUGCUCAUAAUGCUCUUGUGAAAAGACAUGGGACAUUUUAUUAUUUCAGUUUGAUGAUUUAUGGUUUAUCUUUUUUUAAGAAUAAAAUUAAAGUUAUACUUGAAAAUUGGUGGUUAAAUGCAGAUGGUGCCUUAUUUCCUGUAUGAACACUAUACAUUUUAAAACAAAAGCUACAUUCAGUUUUGAGCUAGAUGGAAUUUGAAAUCCUGAAGACAUUGAUUUCCUAACAAAAUUGAAGGCAUAAAUCUGCACAUUAUUAAGAGUUAUUUGCUUAAAUGCUAAAAAUGUAAUUCUUUAUUCUAAAGGGAAUUCAAAGCUGUUACUAUAAUCUGCAGGAAAAGAACUAUAUUGGGAGUAAAUCACUGGUUACUGAUUAUCAAAUUAUAAACCCUACAAAAAGCAGUUUUUAUAUAUACCUGGAAAUAUAGAUUUAAACAAAGGUGAUGGGAAAUGAUGACAAUUCACAUCAUCUCUGUUAACAUCUGGCAGACUGAGAUAGAUUUAUAUUGCAAGUGGACCUUUCAUUGGAUCCAAACUUCAUUUUGUUUUUGUCCUCCAUGCUGACCAGUCUCCUGUGUAUUUCUAAAAUAUUGUUUUUAUUAGCUUUAGUUAAAUCUAUUUCCAAAUUUCAUAAAAUAUAAUUUGGUGGCAAAUGCAAGGAAUGGUAACAAGGUCAUUGACUGGCUUAAUUUUGCUUUGUGGGCGGUGUUUUAAGUAGUUUGCAUGUUUGCUUUUCACCUGUAUUUGUGGUUAUUCUGUGUGUGCGAGAAUACAUAUGUGUGUGCAAACACUGCAGGUUCAGUGAAUAAUGGCAUCCAUAUAUGACACUCACUUUGAUUUGAAAGCAGCCCUUGUAAAAUUCAGUCUUGAUCUAGUUUCCUAAACCUACUUCAAACCAAUUUGCAGGUCUUUGAUUUUAAAAAAACUCCCAAAAUAGUUGCUGUUUUGAAUAAGAGCAAACCGUAGUCAACAACUUUUCUGUGCUAGAAGAGAAGAAAUGCAUAACAAUACUGAACUGUAUCUGAACAUGACACUUAGCUGAAUGAGGAAAGUCUACCAGAAUUCCUAUUUAUUAUCACCUUUGGACCUGAGUGGAGAUAACCUUAGACAUGUUGCACACCAUUUAAGCUCACUAAAGAGAAUUGACCACAUGGGUGAAGCUCCUGUGAAGCUGUGACCCAGUGGCAGCAGGCAAGAUUUCAGGAAAAGUCAGGAAAAAAUAAACACAUAUUUCUUUUCAUAUCAUAGAAUCCAGUAAAAAAAACUUCUAAAAACUCUUGUUGCAUAAUAUCUUUUGUUUAAUUCUUUUGUAGUCGAUAUUUUACCAGGCUUUAUUGGUCAAUUUAUUACUUAAAAUACAUUAUGACUCGAUUUUGAGAAGGUUUUUUGCAUGUCAAGUUGUAUUUACAAUAAUUGCAUUACAUGCCAGUAUCCAUUUGCAAAAUUUACUGUUAGAAUAUACUACUGAUCAUGUGGAAUGUAUUUUAAAAUUUAGGUCUUUUUGACCUUUGUUAUAUUCUUUUUCUUGAAACAUGUUGACUUCAUUUAAAGGAAACUUAUUUGUACCCUUUCAUACAUAUUAGUGAUAGUAUUGUAUUACUUUAUAUAUUUCUAUGUUAAUGAAGUCAACAGAGGUACCUGCAAAAGUCUGACAUAAUAUAUAGAAGAAUCUCAUUUGUAAUUUUUUUUGGCAUGAAGUAAAACUGUACAAAACUCUUUAAGAUUUUUGUCUUUAAGUUGAAUUGGACCUUUUUUUUUGGUUUGUCCUGGAUUCAUUCAUCCUGGACAUGAAAGUUUAUACAUUUAAAUUAAGAUUUUUUAAAUUGGUAAAUGAAGUGUGGUUAUUUUGAAGCACUAUUUUCAAAAGGAAUGUACAUUGUCAUACAGUAGUUGCUCACACAGACACCAAAGAUUAACCAAUAGCUUUAGGCUUUGACUGUUCCGCUCUUGAAUUAACCACUUAACUUCAGUGUCUUAUGUGUAAUACAUUUAUUAAAAAAAAAGGUAAUAAAUGAAUUGUUUCCAUACUUAAUAGAUUUUGAUUUUUUUUAAAUCUCAUACAUUUUGCCUUUUAAAGGGUAAAUUUUAAAGAUCAAGUUUACUCAUUAAGACUCCAAGAUCUCAAUCAGUCAACCAGGUUUCUCAACUCAAACAACUGUGUCUUUCUCCCCUUCCCAUUAAAACAAACAUGAUCCAAGUGAUUCUAUCAAGUUUAUAUUUUCUCAUAACUCCCUUCAAUUUGUAGUCAUUCUUUGUAUGAUCACUAUUCUACAUGCAGUGCUAAAUAUAAUUUUUAUUUACUUAGUGUUAAAGAUGGUUCACAAAGGCUUUUUCAUUUAACACUGCUGUACCUUGGAGCUUCAUUAUCUUGGUUAUUAUUCAGUCCCAGAUUGCGGUGAUUAACUUAAACAUAUUACUGAUGAAAACUGAAGCAAGCUCAACAAUUUAAGAAUAGCUUCUUUGCCUCUGUCAUCAUGAGCACUACCUCGCUAUUCCUCUUUUUUUUCAAUUGUAAUUUAUAGUUCUUUUAAUGACUUGCACUAUAUUGCUCAGAAUCAAGUUUUAUAUCACUGGCAUAGGUUGUGAGAUUUAUUGUUUUGCAGCAGUAGUACUGCACAAUGCAUAAUUUUUAAAAAUUACACUAAAUAUACAUUAAAAAUUAAAUAAGAAUUAAAUGCUGUCACAAAACAACAAGUUUUACAAUGUCACUGAUAAUAAACCUGAUUUUGAUUGAUUCUCAGAUCCCGUUCCCUCCUUCCUUGUCCUCAAGUAAGUUGCUGAUAUUUAUUUCCCAGAAUCUAAUUUUUAACCGAUAUAGUUUUGUUGAUUGCCUGUGAGACAGGAAGAGAGAAAGCUGAAACAGAACAGAUUAUGGAGAAUUAUCUCAACAAUAACAGCUCCACAAAUGUCUAGAUUCUAACAUUCUAGAAUCAGUUGUAAAGUGCAAGGAACUUAACACAAAAUUCAUAGAACAUUACAGAACAGAUCCUUCAGCCCACAAUAUUGUGCCAACCUUGUAAUCUACUGAGACUGAAAGCAAUCUAGCCCUUCACUUCUUCAUUGCCCUCCAUUUCUCUAUCAUCCAUGUGCCCACCUAAGAUUUUCUUAAAUGUUCCUAAUAUAUCUGCCUUUACCACUAUCCCAGGCAAUGUGUUCCGUGCACCCACCAUUCUCUGUGUAAAAACAGAACUUAUCUGACAUCCCCCUGUACUUUUCUCCUUAUGUCCCCUAUUACAGUAUCGGCCACUUACACCAUAGGGAAAAGGUCUCUGGCAAGCCAUUAGAUGUAUGCCUCUAUUAAGUCAUUUCUCAUUCUUCUUCGCUCCAAAGAGAGAAGCCCUGUCUCACCCAACCUAUCUCAGAAGACAUGCUCUCUAAUCCAAACAGCAUCCUAGUAAAUCUCUGAACCCUCUCCAAAGUUUCCACGUCUUUCCUAUAAAGAGGUGACCAAUCCAGCAAAGUUGAAAUUCAGCUUAAACCAAUAGGACAAGAGCAUGGAUGGCCCAAGUUCCGAUCAAGAAGGAAAUGAAAUGCAAUAUAUUUAAAAUGGUGUUCCAGAAUUUAGGGUGUAGAUGCAGAUGGAUUGCCGAAGGAUGCUGGGAUUAUACAAAAGCUGAGAGAUCGAGUGCAAACAUUAUAUAGGGUUGGUGAAGGUUGCAGAAGAUGGGGUGAAGUUAUGGAGGAAUUUGAAUGCAAGAAUUUUAAAUUCAGGGUGUUAGAGAGGCAAUGCCAAAUGAUGAACAAUAGGUGUGAUAUACUGGAAGGACAGAAGAGUUGGGUUGCAGGGAGAACUUUUAGUUGAGUGCAGAUUUAUGGACAAUAGUAACCUAAACAGGAGAGUACUGAAAAGAUAAUGAAGCUUGGAUUGCAGUUUUAUUUAUAUUUAAACUGAAGCAAGGGUUGAGAUUAGUAGCUUUAUGGAACUGGAAUGAAAUAAGCCCAGUGACAGAAUAUGUGGUAAAAGUUUAACUCAAGGUCAAAGAGAAUCAACUCAAUUUGUAGUGACAGAAACUGCCUCUAAUUUAGGAGCAAAAUGACAAACUUUCAGGGCCGUUGAUAAUGAGAACAGGGAUGUGGACAAUUGUUGGGGAACAUGGCGGGGCAGCAUGGUAUUACAACAACAUGACCAAGUGGUUUUCUCCCACAUUCCAAAGAUGUAGGGGUUAGAAGGUUAAUUGGUCACAUGGUUGCAAUUGGGCUGGGUGGGCUCGACGGACAACUCAAUGCAUAAGAGCAUGCAAACAUGGUCAAGAAGUUCUGUUGUUGUACAGACCAAACAUCAGAAUUGGGGAAAAAGUGUGAUUGAAGUGACUUUGACUGUGGAAUGAUUGUUGGUGCCAAACAGGGUGGUUUGAGUAUCUCAGAAAAUGCUGUUCUCCUGGGAUUUUCAUGCACAACAGGCAAAAACAAACAUCCAAUGAGCUGUAGUUCUGAAUGCAAAUAUUCCUUGUCAAUAUCAGCGGUCAGCGGAAAAUGGUAAGACAGGUUUAAGCUGAAGAGCAUUUGACAGUAACUCAUAUAACCAUGUAUUACAACAGUGUUGUGUAGAUCUGUAUCUUUGAACACAACACAUCAAACCUUGAAGUGAAUGGGCUACAGCAGCAGACCACAAAUGCACUCAGUGGCCACUUUAUUAGGUACAGGGGGUACCUAAUAAAAUGGCCACUGUGUGUAAGUCUAUAUGUUCCAAAGCAAACUUUACAGCAAACUUAUAUUAUGGAGUUAUUGUAAUGGGGAUUGCAGUAGAAAACUCAUGCACUGGAUAAUAAGGUACUAAAUUAAAGAAAAACUGUUCCAGUGCUAUGGAACCAUUUUUCCAGCCAUGGAAGUACAGAGAUGGGCUUAACUGUCUGAAAGAAAGAGUGCUGCACUGGCGAAUCAACAGCAAUUUUUCACUCUGUCACUGGAGGGUGACUUGAAGUAAAAAAUGUCUGACACGGCAGUAGUGCUACCAACUGAGUCAAGGCUGUCAAUAUGCAUCAUAUAUUUGAGACAUUAAAGUGAGCUGUCAUUAUUGAAGAGAACAGUCUCACAAACAGCCAAGUAUUAAAACAACAGGACCAAUUCAGUACUCUUUUUACAUUAAUAAUUAAGUGAAACUGGAAGUCUAUAUUAAUUCAUGGUCUCCCUCAAUUCUCUCCCAAGAUUAAAGGGUUGGCUCAGAAAGUGCUUCAUCUUUUUAAACUAGUGUAUCUUUAAAAAGUAGAACAUCUCAAGCUCAAUUGUUAUCAAAUACGAUAAGCUUGCUGACUCCUUGUAUACAAAAACAGAAGUUUUAGUUGAGUUAGAGCACUGCAGUUAACACUGAGGUAGCAGUGGAUGCUUGUUAUUCACUGUACCUGCCUACACAGCUGAUUCUACAUAGGAGCCUGUUCCAACAGUCAGUAAUAACAUAGCUGAUCUGUGCCUCUACUCAUGAAAACACAACCUCUGUCUCUCUCCAGAGGUGCAGGUUAACCUGCUGAGUAUUUCCAACAUUCUCUUUUUUAUUUUAGAUUUCCAGCAUUCAGUAUUUUUUGGUUUUAUUUGUUCUAGAUUUUGCUUGAUGGUGAACCUUAAUUGUUGGAGGACUGUUGUAGUGUAGCAGGAGCGGAUUACAUCGACAAACUUUGGUUUAUGCAAAUUCUCCAAAUACAGUGGAAGAAGUGGGCCAAUGUUCAUGUCCUCUCCCAGGCCAACGUCUCCAUCACUGAGGGCUUGGCUACAAUCAGUCAGCUGUGUUGUGCAGACAAUUUGCAUGCCCCAAGACCUGGCUCCUGCAAUUCUCAGUCUGCAAUGGAUUUCUAUGGUUCCAUGAAGACAUGCAACAUUUCCAUUGAUUCCUGGGAAACUGUCCAGUGUGGUGGAGAUAGAUUGUGCAUUGGGAACUCACAGGCCUGUAUAGGCAGCAGGAGGAGUGUUCCACCUCACAAACUAUGCAUCUAUUCAUUCUACCAGCCACCAUUUUCUCUGGGGUCUGCAGUUCCUUAUUUUGGCCUCAUUACACCUUGGAACCUCAAGAUUGCACUGGAAGUCAGUCAUCCUAAGAGUCUGUCUGAAAUAAUGAUUAGCCAUGCAUAACAGAAAUGUAUCUUGAAGGUUAUGAUAGUCCUUCAAUCACAGGUUUAUGAGAUCAAUAGUUGUAGAAUUAGGGUUAGUCCUAUCACUAAUCCUAACGAAUUUCCUCAAUCCAAGUUUAAAGCAUAGUCAGU